AGCCGUCGCCCCGUGGGUGCGGGCGCGGAGCCGGCGCGCCCAUGGGCAGGGCGCCACGCGCGGGCCGGCAUCGCUGCCGCGCGGCGGCCGCGGAGGUCGAUGUGAAGCCGGGCGGCGCCGGGGCAUGGCGCAGCGGGCGGGCAGCGCGGCGGCAGACGAGCUGGCCAACGCCGCGGCCCGCGGGGACGUGCAGCGGGUGAGGGAGCUGCUGGACGGCGCGGCGGACCCCAACGCCGUCAACUCCUUCGGCCGGACCCCCAUCCAGGUGAUGAUGCUGGGCAGCCCGCGGGUGGCCGAGCUGCUGCUGCAGCGCGGCGCCGACCCCAACCGCCCCGACCCGCGCACCGGCUGCCUCCCCGCGCACGACGCGGCCCGCGCCGGCUUCCUGGACACGCUGGCGGCGCUGCACCGCGCCGGGGCGCGCCUCGACCUCCCCGACGGCCGCGGCCGCCUCCCGCUCGACGUAGCGGCGGGGGGACCCCACGGGCCUGUGGGGCGCUUCCUGCGACAGCCCGCGGACGGACCCUUCCCCUAAUUUAUCGCCCGGGGCGGCUAAGGACGGCGGGGGUUUGCCCGCCCGUGCUUUGCGCGCCUCCGUGCUUUGCCCUCCUUUCUCUCCCUUUCGCACACUGUGAAGAUGAAUAUGAAGGAUAAAGCCGCACGGAUGGCACAAUCAAGCCCUCGUGUCGUGGCUGG